UUUCAGAUAUAUAUAGCUUCACCCAGCUUUAGCAAUUGAUCCAUUGCAGUCCUGUAUUCCUCAAGAGGCGCAAAGGCCAGGGGGUUCUCAAACACAAAUACAUGGAGGUAAUAUUUUCUGCUGCCAUUGGUGAGCUUGCCAGUAGAUCCAUAUCUUUCCUGCUGGACAGAUACUUGAAGCAGCGGACGGCUGCGACAACUGAGGAGGAGAGGCUGCACAGCCUGCAACGGCUCCUACUGCGGCUUCAUGUCGUCGUCGAGGAGGCAGAUGACCGGCUCAUCACAAACCAGGCCAUGCUGCGGCAACUCAGCAUACUGAAAAAGGAGAUGUACAGAGGAUAUUACACCCUCGACGUCUUCAGUUGCCGAGCUCAUGGAGAAGGAAAGACAAAAGAUCAUGAAGUCAACUACUCUUUUGCCCCAUCUAUGUUCAACCCUGCAAAGCGUGUAUGUUUCUGCAGAGGCAACAGUGAAGGUGCAACACAAGCUGAGCUGCUGGAGCAAGUUCUUGGCAGCAUAAGGAACACCAUUGAAGAUGUGGGCGAGUUCAUCAUGUUUCUAAACAGAUGUCCACGUUUGACCCGCCAACCCUACAACAUGUAUAUUCUGUUGAACAAGUGCAUGUUCGGACGCCAAAUGGAGAUGGAACAUAUUAUUCACUUCCUGUUGCAGGCGGAGACUGCUCCCGGUGCCGCUGGUAAUCCGGCUGUCCUGCCGCUCAUCGGUCCCGGAAAAGUUGGAAAGAGCACCCUGAUCGAGCAUGUGUGCGAUGAUGAAAGGGUGCGCAACCACUUCUUUCAGAUUUUGUGUUUCAGUGGAGAUGAUCUAAAAGAUGCAAGUGUAGAGACCCUAAAAGAUGGAGGUAGAAUCAAGCAUCAAAACCGUGGCAUGGGCGGUGGAAGGACAUUGAUCAUCAUUGAGCUAUUUCUGGAUAUCGACAAGUCUGAAUGGAAAAGGUUGUAUUCAGCUGCGAGAAGUUGCAUCGGAAAGGGCAGUAAGAUCAUAAUCAUGAGCCGGUCCGACAAGAUUGCAAACUUUGGAACCACAGUACCCCUCAGAUUACAGUUCUUUACUCAAGAAGCAUACUGGUACUUCUUCAAGGUGCAUGCUUUUGGGAGCACAAGCGCGGAGGACCACCCGAAGCUCGCAGCAAUGGCCAUGGAGAUGGCCAGGCUGAUGAAUGGGUGCUUCAUGGCUGCAACCAUUUUCAGUGGACUACUGAAAGCAAAUUUUAACCCCCGUUUCUGGAGCAUGGCUCUUGCAUUCCUCAGGAAUAUGAUACAGACAAAUUUUUCGCUGUAUGGUGAACAUUUCACUGAUCCUUGGCAGAUGGCAGAGCCGGUAUAUCUUAGGAGAGCAAAGGGAACUUCCUCUGAAUGCUUGGUGAUGUUUGGUGAGACAUGUUCUGCUGAAACCGGACCUGAAGAUCCUGAGAUGAUGAGCAUGCAAGAUCUUCUAUUUGGAAGUGUCAGGCCUCGUGGGAAAUUCAAGGUCCAUGCAUGGACAUCUCACCUGCCGCCUCACUACAACUACAUUGUUCACUGUGAGAUACGGAGGCCACAUCGCAUGGUUAUAAAGACCGACCGCUUUUAGAAUAGUAGCUGCUGAUCAAUUGUCUAAUAUUUCAUCAACCGAUGAUUUGAAUUGCACUCAUCCAACACUCGAAGCUCAUGCAUGGUUUAUGAUAGAGCUGUUACUGUUUUCCUUACUGAAUACCAUAUUUUCUCUUCUUUUAUCUUGUGUGCUGACUAGUGAGAAGCCGUACAGGUUUCUUUCACCAUUUAGA